GUCUCCAAUGGCGAUGUGCGAGGAUGUGCUGCUCUGCAACUUCACCAAGUGCCGCGCCAAGCUGUCGGGCUUCGCCUGGGUGACCGCCUGCUCCCACGUGUUUUGCGACCAGCACGGCAGCGGCGAGUUCAGCCGCUCCCCCGCCCUGUGCCCGGCCUGCAAGAGCGCGCUGGCCGGCAAGCUGGACAUCGUCCGCACCGAGCUCAGCCCUUCCGAGGAGUAUAAGGCCAUGGUGCUGUCCGGCCUGCGCCCCGAACUCAUCCUGGACAUCGCGUCGAGAGCGCUGGCUUUCUGGACUUACCAGAUUCACCAGGAACGGCUGUACCAGGAGUACGCCUACAGCAAGGCUGAGGGCCGACUGAGACAGAUGGAGAAGCUCUACACCCAGCAGAUCCAGGGGAAGGACAUGGAAGUGAGCAACACCCGCGGCGAGGUCGCUUCCCUCAAGAAGCUGCUGGAGGAGUACAAGAAGAAGUACAGCGAGAUCUCGGAAAAGCUGAUGGAGAGGAACAGACAGUACCAGAAACUGCAGGGUCUGUACGAUAGCCUGAGGCUCCGCACGCUGGCCAUGACAGGGAAGGGAGACUCAGCCGCGCCUGCUGCAUCUUCAGGAGCUCUCUAUGGCUUGCCCACGGGGGGCCUGGUGAAGUACGUCCCAGCUGAGUCCCCCCACGGCAGGCCGGGGGAGACGGUGGCGAUUUCCGUCUGCACCCAUCCUUUUUUGGCUCUCCCGCCCCGGAGAGGGCUGGCGGUUUUUUUUGCCUUCUCCCCCGGCGAGGAGGGGGUUCAUGAUCACCAGCCCCCCCAACCCCACCCCCCACAGCAUCAGCCGCUGUCCCUUAGCCUGGGGGCUAACAGCUUGUACAAGAUGAAGAAGAUGUGA